CAGCUCGUGAAAGUGUACAUCGUAGUAAUUAGUUGUCGUUAGUGGAAGCGAGGGUGAAUAUUCGUCGAGUAGUGGGCCGGAGGUCCCGCGGGCGACCGCAAGAGUCCUGGAGGAGGAGGAAUGACGGAACCCCGGAAGAUUCGACCCGUAGAGGGUUAGCGGGAUCCAAGGUGUCCUCCACGAAGAGAUCGGCCUCCGGACGGCCGCGAACCGCCCACCCACCCCAGACACAGUGGAUUCGGAACGCACCGAGGAUGCAGGACCGUCUCUCGUGGUACAUGGUCUUUUUAUUCCUGCCGACGAUUCUGCUCGCCACUUCGCUCGACAAAGGUCGUCGAGUACCCUACAGCAUGGCCCCGGAAUGGAGAGCGUUGUGGUACAGUAAUUUGGACGAGUUGCAGAGGGUCAACGAUGCCAAUGAUAACAACACGAUAUCAAACGUGACCGUUCAGCUUGGCGGAAACGCAUUUCUUCACUGCAAGGUUCGAAAUCUUGCCGAACGAACGGUUUCCGGUGCUGAGAUAUCAUGGAUCCGCCGGCGAGACUGGCACAUAUUGACCAGCUCGAUGUUUACAUACACAAACGACGAACGUUUCCAAGUGUUGCAUCCCGAGGGUUCCGACGAUUGGACGCUGCAGAUAAAAUACGUGCAAAAACGGGACAACGGGACAUACGAAUGCCAGGUGUCGACAAGCACCGGUAUCCUCUCUCACUUCGUGAAUUUGAAAAUCGUAGUACCGGAGGCGUUCAUAUUGGGUAGCGGUGAGCAUCACGUCGACGUGGGAUCCAUAAUUAAUCUCGUUUGCAUUAUCGAGAAGAGUCCGUCUCCACCGCAGUACGUGUUCUGGUACCACAACGAUCGUAUGAUUAACUACGACAAUGCCCGCGGCGGUGUCACCGUGGAAACGGACCAGGGACCCCGAACACAGAGCCGACUAACUAUCCGGCACGCUGUCGAAAAGGACACGGGGAAUUAUACCUGUAGCGCCUCGAACACCGAGUCAGCCUCCAUCUUCGUAUUCGUCACCGAAGGUGACAAGAUGGCCGCCAUACAACGGCGCAAGACAUCGGGAACUAAAAGGAACAUUGGAAAUUUAGUCUUAGUUUUAAUAUUCAUCGGGGUUUCCUCCCCAUUAGCCUCGCUAGUCCGAUAAAUCUAACUACUCUAUCUCGCCAAUUGUCCAUUAUAUUAUUAUUGUUAUUAUUAUUAUUACCAUCACCAUCAUCAUCAUCAUCAUCAUCAUCAUCAUCAUCAUCAUUAUUAUUAUUGUUAA